AUGGAGGAAAUGUGGCAAUAUCCACAGACCUUUUGUUUGUCAUGUCCUAGGGCAGCUGGUGUUACUGGCAUCAAGCAGGAUGAUUUAAUUGGUGUAGAUACGCAACUCACAAACGGAAAGCAGGCAGACGAGAAAGCCAUUAAUACCAUCGUUAUAAACUCAGUAUCCGAAUUCAAAAUCACAGAUGGACCAGCCAAGGAAACCCCCAGUGAGAAAAAACUGUCAGAAUCCAGCAUAUCACUGACCUCCCUUGAAGAAUGCCAAACGAAAUUUUCCUACCUCCAAACUCAUCCUUCAGUUCAUCCAAGAGACACUGAUGAGGACUGUGCCUCCCUCAUCCUCACCUGUCUGUUUUGCCAGUUUUUGGAUUGUCUCCUGAUGCUCCCGGAUACGUGUGAAACGGUGUGUACCAGUUUGUGCUGCCCCUCUCACAGGUAUCGCCACACCUCAGAUGAAAGCCACUCCCGGAAUGACUGCAACUGCAACUGUGACAUAGACUGCAGCCUUUUUGAAUCUUGCCAGGAGACCAGUGAGUGUCUGGAGCUGGCCAUGGAGAUUUCAGAAAUCUGUUACCACUAGCACGACAAAGGAACCACAUCCCGGCAGACCCUUUGGCCCCCGGGGGAAACUCCAUUACAAUGAGACUGUGAUUUCUAUGCGCUGAAAUGUAAGGACUGUAUGCAUUUCUUGGAUGCUCCAGACCAUUUUAUUCUGCACCUGUCUGGGAAAAAGCCAGUAUUGUCAACUCAAUGGCCUUAUUCCAAAUUUCCCAACCGCAUGGCUCACUGAAAAAUCAGAUCUUGAUCACAUGUGAUGAACAAAUCUUAAAUACCUCUUAAAUGCCAUAGGUACAAGAUGUUUCUUAACUGUAAAACAGCAUGUGAAGCCAUUCUGUUAUUGCACUCACUGGCUUGCAUCAUGGAUUCAACUUCAUUCACAAAUUCAGGACAAAUUAGCACAUUCUUUUAGAACUGACAUACAUUAGCUUGUCCUUCUAACGGACUCAUGUAUAAACAUUAUGCAUUGUUGGUUAUUAUUAAUAAUGCAUUGCAUAACAUCAUUUUGUAAUUAAAAAUUUAUUUGUACAGUCUCUUAAAAUUCACUUAUAUGUUCAGUUUAGGUAGAAAGGGAAUUAAAUGAAUUAGAAACCAUGUUCCUAUAAUUACUACAGAUGUCUCCAAGACAUAUCCAGUGAAUUUUGAAUAUGAUGUACUUCGAGAGAGUGCUGUAAUUCUAGACCGUAUUAUUAUUAUGUCUAUGACUAUGUCAUAACAGGUUAUGCAUGUUCUUAAUUUGUUACAGAAAGGCUUUUCUUUAUUCUAAUGAGUAGAAAUGGGAAUUACGUGCAAGUUUCAAGAAAAUGACCCCAGAUCAUCAAUUUGCCAUUUUCCUCAUUCCUGUUUGUCAGGUACAAUAAGCAGCAGGAUAUUAAAACAGAACCAUUUCAUUUUACUGAACGAUGAGUUGUGUAGGCACCUGAAAGAAAUACAUGUGCAGGCACUUAUGCAGCACUAAGUUUCCUAAUACAGCACGUGCUUCACAAACCAUAUUUUUUUUUCUUUUUCUGAUAAUUCAAGUGAUUCAUAAUUAUGUUGAGCACUUCCUCACACGUACAAAAAUUUUUUUAAAGAUGUGAUAUAAACGUAGAAAGUGACUUCCAACUCCAACGAAUUAAAACAAUUUGUGCAGGUUGAAGUUACUUUGGAAUUUUCUUUACUUUCUGUAGGCAUGGCGUUGCUCACAAACAUGUGCUUAAAUAUUCCCAUGGACAUCUUCACUGAAUAUAAAAAAGCACACUAUAUCAAUAACCGGACAAAGAACACGAAAGUAAAAUGGAGAGUUGAGGGAACUUUUUAUGAUUUAGGCAAACAACAACAACAAAUUCCAAAAUACCUGUCUUUGCCUGGCUUAGGUAAUUUUGAACAAAAGCUACACUUGUUUUGUUUCUGUAGUCAACUAGCACAUUCUUCUACUCUGCAGUAAUUUCCUCAAAACGCUGAAAACUCUUAAUCUUUUGAAAAUAUUUUUAAGCUUCCCAUCAAAAGGCACUGAACUGCUCUUGUCUUGUUCCUGAUAGCACAGAGCAUCCAUGGUUAAUGCAGGCUUCAUCCCUGUUUGACUAUCAUGUUUUCCACGAAGUACAGAGCAUGUGACUGCCCACCCCUUAUGAAACACUUUGGUCUCAGUGCUUUUCGGAAGCUCAGAGACAACUCUAUUCUCUAUGCAUAGAACUUGUAGAUCUUUAUGAGGGAAAACUAUAAACCCUUAGGAAGGGGACUUAGAGCUGUUCUUACCCAGUAUUUUCAUUUUUCGUAAGAGAAAAUAGAGGACCCCAAGAGUUGACUUAUCCAAGACCAUACAGUGAUUUAAUAGCAGUGUUGGGAAAUCAAACCGGUGGUCUAAUUUUCUAAUGACACUGUACCACCCCAGGAUUCUCCACUUCUUAGUCCAGCUUUACACAGUGGUACAGCUACUCCAACUGUUCAAAUAUUAAACUACUACUAGACUGGCUCAUAAACAGUUGCUACCGUGAACCUCCUUAGGGCUUCUCCCUGUACCCCCUGCCACCUGGCCCCUCUCCAAGCACCCACCCACCUCCCCCCGAUCCAGCCACUCAAGGAAGAACACCUGGACCUGCAGGGGGUUUCUGGGAUCCUGUCCCAAUAAUAUGGUACCUGGUGUCAUUGAUCAGGCCAUGUCAUAUCGAUGUUAUUUAUUUUGACCAUCAUCCCCUUAUUCUUUCUAGUCUACAUACCCUCAAAUUGGGCAAAGAUGGUCCAUUUCGAAUGUGAAUUGAACGCCUGUCAAUUAGAGACGUUAAGAAUUGUCAGGUCUUGGGCUUCCCUGGUGUCGCAGUGGUUGAGAGUCCACCUGCUAAUGCAGGGGACCCGGGUUCGUGCCCCGUUCCGGGAAGAUCUCACAUGCCACGGAGCGGCUGGGCCCGUGAGCCAUGGCCGCUGAGCCUGCGUGUCCGGAGCCUGUGCUCCGCAACGGGAGAGGCCACAACAGUGAGAGGCCCGCGUACCGCAAAAAAAAAAAAAAGGAAAGAAUUGUCAGGUCUUAUUUUAUACUGUGGUCAGAAUACUACAAGAUCUUUCUGUGGCCUCUCUUACCACGGUUUGUUAACUUAUUCCUCACUUUCAGAAUUCACCAUGCUCCAUGCUCUAACAGAAAGGAUCGGUUAUACAAAGUGUGCAAUUUCUUUUCUUUAUCACCAAUAAUAAAACA